CUUCCAAUCCUCUAUGUGUUUGGUCUUUUAAAUGCAAUGAUGAUAAUCCCAACCUUAUUGUCGACGUUUGAGAUGCAGCAUCAACGAUUUCGAGUUCCACCGAUUUUUGCUCGACGUUUCCUAGAUGCAAGGUCAGAUGGAUUUGCUAAAGCUAGAAGAAAAGCUCGAACCGGGCAGAUACCUUUGAAAACAACCGCAAUAAUCGGGAUUGGCUGUCGCUUCCCUCUUGCUCAAAACAAGGACGAAUUCUGGGAAGUGUUGAAGCGUGGUGGCUGCUUGGCAUCAGACUUUCCACAAAACAGGAAAUCAGAAUACGAGGAAUUCCAUUCAGUUUACCACCCGAAACAAUUCGUUCCAGGUCGCAUUUGCACUACCGCCGGGACGUACCUAGAAAACAUCAAAGGUUUUGAUGCAGCGUUUUUCAACAUUUCGCACCAAGAAGCGAAUUCUAUGGACCCACAGCAACGACUUUUACUUGAAGUAGUUUACGAAGCUAUUGAGGAUUCAGGAAUGACUAUAGAAGAUCUCCAAGCAUGCCGAACUGGCGUAUUUGUUGGCGCUAAGACUCAGGACUAUGGCCACCUAGUUGUCAGCGAAGAUAACAAAACCAACUUGGACCAAUUCGCUGCAACUGGAACUGCACGGACCAUCAUCGCAAACAGAAUUUCAUUUUGUUUUAACUUUACAGGGCCUAGCUUUAUAGUUGACACAGCGUGCUCGUCUUCCCUUAUAGCUCUCAGACUUGCAAUUGAGAGCUUAGAAAAUGGAGACUGCGAAGCCGCGGUAGUAUGCGCCUCUAAUAUCAUCCUGUGCCACUUGAACCAUAUGGUGUCCAGCCUGGCUGGGCUUCUUGCCCCUGAUGGACGCUGUAAAAGUUUUGAUGUUUCAGGAGACGGAUACGGCAGAGGCGAAGGGUUUGCCGCAGUGAUACUCAAGCUCAAGGACACAGCAGUAAACGAUGGUGACGAUAUUUACUCAGAGAUUGUUUCAUGCGGUAUGAAUAGUGAUGGAUCCCAAGCAGUACCCAUGACAGCUCCAAGUGUUCAAGGUCAGGCUGAGUUGGCUCGAUUCGUGUUACAAAAGUCAGGGCUACAGGCAGAAGACAUAGACUACAUCGAGGCGCAUGGGACUGGAACAGCAAUAGGGGACGUCGUGGAAGUUUCUGCGUUAUCAAAGGCUUAUUGCGAGUCCACGAAUGACAAUCAGCGUAUACUAAGGAUCGGAUCAGUGAAAUCUAACAUAAAUCACACGGAAUCAACAUCUGGACUAGCCGGAGUCAUAAAGCUUGCCCUUAUGAUAAAAAAUGGUCACUAUGUUCCUACUGUGAAUGUGAAAACAGUGAAUCCUGCCUUAAAGCUGCAGGAAAGGGGAAUAAUAGUCCAGACAAUUGCAGAGGAAUGGGAGCGAAGAAAUGGAAAGCCAAGAAUUGGCGCUGUGAGCUCAUAUGGAUUCGGCGGAAGUAACGCUCAUGCAAUUCUACGUGAAUUUACCCCGUCUGAGUCAAGUCAUUCUGUAGAACAAGCUAAAGGAACGCAUGUAAUGACCUUGUCGGCCAAAGCAGAUGAAAGUCUCUGCAAAGCAGCACAGACGCUGUCGACAUGGAUAUCAGAAAACAAAGACCAAAGAAUGGAUGACGUAUGCUUUUCUUUGAAUGAGCGCAGGACCGUCCAUCCUAACCGAAUGGCUUUCGCUUUCGAAACUACCGAUGAAGCAAUAAAGCUACUAAACAACUUUGGAGCAGAUACAGAUAACUGGAAAGCUGAUGUCUCCUCGGCGAUUGCAAAAGACGGAAAGAAACGAAUAGUUUUUAUGUUCGCAGGACAGGGCCCACAGUGGUACGGUAUGGCAAAAGAACUGAUUGAAAAAGAACCCUCCUUUUUAAGCACAAUAAAAGAGAUUUGUAAUCUCUUGUGGGACAUGGGAGAGCAAUGGGAUCUGCUUGAAGAGCUAACAGCAACCGAAGAGAAAUCGAGACUAGACGAAGUAGUCAUCGGACAAACCGCAACGUUUGCGUUGGAGUAUGGAAUCGCUCGUCUGCUGAUCUCUUGGGGAAUUCGUCCCUCUGCCGUAGUCGGGCACAGUCUGGGCGAGCUCGCAGCUGCUGCUAUUUGUGGCGAUCUCCCAUUAAGAAAGGCGUUGUCUAUUGUUGUGCUUCGAGCAAGUUUACAGGCAAAAUGCCGAGAGAGCGGAGUAAUGGUGGCCGUAGGAAUGUCACAAGAGCAAGCAAACUCCCUUCUUUGCGAACUUAACUUGGAUAUGACUGUCAAUGUAGCAGCCGUGAAUGAUGCACAGAGUGUGACUCUUUCUGGUGAUAGGCAAUCAAUGGAAGCCUUCAAGAAACAUUUGGAAUUAAAUGACAUCAAAUGCGACUGGAAAGAGCUGAACACUGCACGCGCAUUCCACAGCUCUCACAUGGCUCCCAUCGAAAAAGAGUUCAAGCAAAAGAUCGCAAAAAUGCACCUUACGCCUAGCGAAACCAACAUUACUUUCUAUUCAACGGUAAGAGGCAAAGAAGUGCCGGGGAGACUGCUGAGCGACGAAUACUGGUGGAGUAAUAUCCGCCAACCAGUACUGUUCAAUGAUGCGACUAAGGCCAUUUUGCAAGAUGGAUAUCGUGAUAUCAUCGAGGUGGGCGCGCAGCCAGCUCUUGCCCACUACGUAAAGAAGAUUGCAGCUCAAAUGCAAAUGAAUGGUGACAAUGUGCCGCAUGUCAUCCCAACACUUCCAUCCAAGCGUGUUUCAUCUCAGCACAAGGCGUUUUUGAAGAACACAGUUUGCAGUCUAUUCGUCUCUGGUUAUCCAGUACUAUUCAGCCGUGUGUUUCCUCGUUCAGCUCAGCCCAGAUUUAUCCGCCUUCCAAGCUAUACUUGGCACGAGAAGGAAUACUGGUACAGGUCCAAGGAUCCAGAUAAAAUGAUUCUUCCUCUGAAUGUGAGACCCAGCGAGACGGUAUCUCAUGGCCACCCUUUCCUCUUUAAAACAGUUAAGACGAGACCUUUUUUGGGCUUGUCCUGCUGGGACGUUGAGAUUGACACUUACCACCUACCCUUUCUCAAAGACCACACCCUUACUCAUGGUGGAACUAUCAUGCCAGCCACCGCCUACAUCGAGAUGGCAUUCGCGAUGGCAAAAGAAACUUUCCUGGGCAGCUUCCUCGAACUAAGAGAUGUCGAAAUAAAGACAGUUCUUACACUUCCUGAAGGACAGAUUCGAAACCUGAGGCUACGACUGGAAAAACAAGGACACGCAGGAGAGGCGGAAUAUCAGAUAACAAGCGUUCAGGAAGAUCAAACGGAGGUUGUGCUGUCUGUUGGAAGGGUCACAUGCGACGGGCAAUUGGAAUCACAGGCGGCCUUUACAAGUGAACCCACAAUCGGCAAUGCAUUCAAAGUCAAAAUUGACAAGAUGGAAGAGUAUCCAGUCGAGCAGUUCCUUAACCUGAGGAGCCGCUUAGGCUUUUCGUUUGGUCCAGCAUUUUCGCUGAUAAAACGAAUUUGGAAGAGUAAUGAAGAAACUCUUUGUCUCGCAGAACUAGAUCAGGUUGGAGAUCAAAGCAGCUAUGUCGUUCACCCGUGCAUUAUAGACGCUUGUCUUCAAGCCACUAUACCAUCUAAAGAAUCUUCACUUCCAAGCUCCCCGAGUCUUCCUGCCGGAAUGGAAAGCGUGACUGCAAUAUGCACACGUGUUCCUCGACAAGUUCUGUGUCACGUGAAGCGCAACCUAUCAGGGUUGUUUGAUAUCACCCAGAUGAAUUUGGAAGGAAAGCCUUUCUUACAGAUAAAAGGCCUUAAAUCAGAAGCCAUUAGCCCUUCUGGCAAGGAUAGGAAUUUCACCCUAGACAAUGUCUGCUACAAUGUAACAUGGGAGCAAACAAAGUUUUCCGAAUCAACCAAGAUGACUUUGGAAGACGUGGUAUGUGUUGUGCUGAAAGACUCGAGAGGCUAUGCAGAUGCUUUCGUCUCAGCAUUGAGAGGGAAAGGGGCAAAUGUUGUAGUCGCUGAUCUACCUGAAUCGCAAAACUUCCAAAAUGAGGCUGAAGAGAAAAAGGUGGAAGAGGCUAUUUUAAAUGGAAUCGACAUUUCAAAGAAAGAGAAAAAGACUCUGAAGGUUGUCACGUUCUGGCCAGUGCAAGCCCAACUGUUGGCAGAAACAUAUGAGAACAUUGAUCAGAUAGAAAACCUUGCGUUAAGAGGUUCUUUUUGUCUGAUCCAGUUGAUGAUGAACGCCAACUUAGAAAAUGGGCUUGUGAUGAUGGUCACCGCGGGAUCGCAGUUCAUUUCUAAUGAGCACAACUCAAGAGUGGAUUCAAUGCCUUGGUCAGCUAUGGUCUUGGGGAUGCGAAGAUCGGCUGCUAUUGAAGCGACAGAGGCACUUGAUUUGAAAGUCGUUGACUUGAGUUGUCAUGUACCUAAAGCAGAGAUAAACGCCUUGAUCAACGAACUAACAACUGAAGACAGGGAGAUGGAGGUUGCUUAUAGAGGCGACAGAAGAUAUGUGAACCGUUUUGUUCGCCUUUCAGCUGAAGAUGUAUUAGGCGACGUUGCUUCCAAUUUUACAUCAGGACAAACAAGAGAUGUAUACCUUACCAAGAAAAAUGACCAAAACAACUGCCUAGAACUCAAGGAGCUUACGCGGUCAAUAAUCCAGGAAGGAGAAGUGGAGAUUGAGGCUAUGAUCCUGUAUUCAUCUGAGGGGCAAAUUCAUGAAUUCGCGAGCAAUUCCGGCUGUAUCGCAUUUAGUGGCUUGGUGACAGAGGUCGGGUCAAGGCGCUCUCGGUUUAAGCCAUCUAACAAAGUAUGUGGCAUCAUAACACCAUGUAGAGUAGGUGAAAAGAUUCGUGUUAAGGAAGUUCAUUUGCUGAUCCAGCCAGAAGUAUUCACUGAAGUACAAGCAGCAGCCUUUCCCUAUUGCAUCGUUAUUGCGUGCAAAGUUCUUGAUCGGUCUUUAUCCGGAAAGACAUCACCCACCGUGCUUAUUCAUGAAGCUCAAACUGGACUGGGAUACACAACUGCCGCCAUCGCUGCCGCAAUGGGACACAAAACAGUUUGCUCUACGACACAGUUAGGCAAUGAAAGCACCAGGAGGAUUUUACAGAAUGCAGGAAUCGAGGGUAUUGUUGACGUAAGCUGUCUCGACCUCGAAGAUGAGUGCAAAGCAAAAUUUGACGCUGUUCUGUUUUUGUCUAGUCCAAAACCUGGUGCCAUGAAGCGAAGCCUGUCCUCUUUGAAGCAUGAUGGAAAACUAGUAGUUGCUUGUGAAGAUUUCACAGGACAAGCUAUCCUCUCUGGAAGAAGCUCAAUCUGCUAUGAUAGGAUUAGACCAAGUGAAUUGCUUAUGGGAACAAAUGAGAGUUUCGAAGAGAUGUGGCUCAGUUGUCAGUCGAUGUUAAUGAGAACUGGAGUACUUCAAAAGCUUCUGGUCGUACCACAAGAGACUACAAGCGUCUAUCGUGCAGUCAAGAAGUGGAAUUCCGAAGAAAAAUGGCCUCAACAGGAAAAACGCUCCACCAUAUACAGGAUGUUUAUGUUUGAUAAAAAUGAACGUCCGUGUGCUCAGAUCCCAGGACUAGACAUCUUCGGACUGAAACGGGACAGGACAUAUAUGGUUGCAGGGGGUGUUCGAGGUUUUGGAUUCCAAUUGGCCCAGUCUUUUGCAGAGAACGGAGCAAAAACAGUCGUCCUUCUUGCAAGGUCUCCCCCUAGCGAAGAAAAGAAAAAAGUUGUUCAAGAGAUUGAAAGAAGGACAGGUGCACGGAUGAUCAUGGAGCAGGUUGACUUGUCCAGUGAGACGCAAAUGAAGACACUAGAGUUAAAGCUGAAAGGGCUUCCUAGCAUGGCCGGCAUUGUCCAUACGGCAGUGGUUCUACACGAUGCCUUCGUGCACAACAUGGAACUUGACAGCUUCAAAAAAGUAUUGGCACCGAAACUCAGGGGAGCAUUUCUACUUCACAAAAUGAGUCUCCAGAUGGACUUGGAUUUCUUCGUCUUGUUCUCCUCCCUUGCUUCGGUAAUGGGCGGUCGAGGACAGUCUGCGUAUUCGGCUGCAAAUGCCUUCUUGGACUCGCUAGCAGGGUACAGGCGCCAUACGCUUGGCCUACCUGGUCUCGCUAUCAACUGGGGACCAAUUGGCGGAGCAGGGAUACUCACCAGGGAGCUAAAGAUCGCAAAUCUGCAUGCGGAGUAUGGGUUCGGUUUACUUGAUGCUGAAUUGGGCUCAAAAUUUCUGAUCGAAAUCUUGAAAUGCCAGCCAAGCAGGUGUCAGGUCACUCUGGCCGAAAUAGACUGGGUUCAGUUUUUCAAAACAAGUGAUGAGUCUGCGCGAUCAACACGUGUCAAAAGUCUGAGAAGUGAGGUGGAGGAUAAGAGUGAGCGGCAUACAGACGAGACGGCAUCACUGGCUUCACGCAUCUUGUUUCAGACAGACACAACUAAGAGGGAGCACUUGAUCGAAGAAUUCGUGAUGUCAACAUUGGCUCGUUGCUUUGAGCUAGACUCAUUUUCAGAAGCAGACCGGACAACAAGUUUGUACGCCUUUGGGGCUGAUUCAAUCACGGCACUUACGCUGAAAGCAGCCUUCGAGACGUCACUUCAAAUGUCUUUCGAGGUGUUCUACUUCUUACAACCCGAAAUCAGCGCAGUGAAGAUUGUAAGAGACUUGCAAGAAAUGAUGUCUAACCCAGAGAACCAGCAAGAAAUUCAACAGCAGCAACACACUGCAUUCGUAAAGACGAUCGAACAAGAAGACACCACGCUCAUGAGCCCAUUAUCUUUCAAUGACUCCUCAAAUGGUGCAAAUGAUUCCGAGAAGGAUACGGUGAAGGUUGUUCCAAUCUAUGCUCCUGAGGAUGCCGAGGUGAAGUUCUUCUGUAUCCACCCGUCGCAUCGUUAUGUUAUGAGUGUUGCGCCAUUCGCUUCGGGAUUUAGAUCUCAGACUCUCGUCGCUAUGUACUCAAUUGGUUUUACGGAGCCUGUCUAUCAUGGUGCUGAUUGUUCGAGCGUGCGCGAGCUGGCUAGUCAUUACGUCAGCCUCGUGCGAGAGGAGCAAAAGCAUGGACCAUACUUUCUAGGAGGAUAUUGUUUUGGAGGCUUGGUGGCGUACGAAAUGGCGUGCAUACUAACGGAGCAGGGAGAGAGUGUGGGGUUUGUUGGCAUGAUCGACACCUAUGUCUGGUUACCUCCAUCCGGAGGUUUUGGAAGGUUUUCGUCCUACUUCCUUCAAGAUUUCGAUCCAGAGAAACAAGUAGAGAUUCGUAUGGAGUCGUAUCUGUCGCGCAUCGCCAUAAAUAAUUUGGCAAUGAAAGAGGAGGAGUAUCAACGCAUGCGCGCCGAGCACUCAAUUUCGGAUGUUAUGGAUCUCUUGCAGCAACGAAGCUGCGAUCUCGACAAGCCUUUAUACAAUUUGAAAGACAUGCGAGACAACUUGCACCACGACAUCGUCACUUCCCGAAAAAGGCAAGAUGAAUGGGAACCGGCAAAGGUACAAUACGAAGGCCCUGUUUUGUACAUACGUUGCGAAGACCCAAAGUAUUGUCCUGUACUGUGGCACUACAAAUCCUCUGACAGAGCUUGGGAAGAUGUGCUUCCUGGCCCAGUGGAUGUGUGUAUGUGUCCAGGAGACCAUUUUUCCCUUGGGCUACUUCCAGAGGCUCGGCCUGUUGGAAUGAUUAUGGUUAACUCCAUAAGCUUUCGGUACAGAACGCUUUUCCCAGAGCUUUAUCCACUCGAGCUCGAUUACAAGCAUCGAAGAGCGAUCAGGACAUAUUUGGGAGGGAUUCCUGUCGUACUGUAUGGUGAAAAUGGCAAAGGAUGCAAAACAGGAAAAGUCUCCUUGAAGAGGGAGAAGCAAGAAUUGUGCUUUAUGAGCAGUAGCAGAAGAUCAAGAAACAUCGGCAUCCCUCUCAAAGAUGUGCGUUCUGUACUUCCUGGAAAGUAUGUCACCCAUGCAACAAGGAAAUGGGCGAGAAAAUCUCUUGAUCACCUUCUCCAAGACCUCGGGAAUGUGGUCUCGGUUUUCGCUAAUCGCACAUACGACUUUCAGUUCUCAAGCAUCGAGGACACCCAGAUGUUUGUUUUGCUGACUGAGGCACUUUUCAACGUGAACAUUGCAGACAUGUUCUAGACUCAUUUUUUUUUUUGCAGCUUGUCUUGCAAAAUAGUUG